GCUGCAGCCACCUUUGACCUCGAGCACUCUCUUGAGCUUCGCGCUGAUCUACACUCCCUGGUCAUUUCACUGUAUCUGGGGCUGCCACAUAUACUGCAUCUGCCACCAUGUCUAGCGAGAAACCGCGUCCCUCCAAACUGAAGUUCAAGGGCGAGAAGACUAAGAAGAAGCGCAAGCAUGAGGACAGCGAGGAGGGUCCUAGCAGGCGGCGACGCAAGGAGGACAACGACGAGGCACCAGAGACCUGGGUGCUCCCCGAUAGCGAGAACGAAAUCCGCGGUCCUGCGUUCAUCAUCCACCCCUCCGACCCGUCUCCGCUCUGCAUCACGUACAACUCGACGCGCGGUCGCAUCGUCCUGCAUUCCGUAGACAAGGACAAGACGGACGACUCGGAGCCGCCCACCAUCAAGGAGCGCACGCCAACGGAUGUCUCGCAGGUAUGGGUCGUCACACGCAUCGCGGGGUCACCGACCAUCAACUUGCGCACCGGUGUGGGCGAGGGCAAGUUCAUCUCGUGCGACAAGCACGGCCUCGUCUCCGCCGACCGCGAGGCGCGCGGUCCUCAGGAAGAAUGGACGCCGGUCGUACUUCCAGACGGGAUGGUCGCGUUCCAGAACGUGUAUGAGAAGUACCUCAGCGUGGACGAGGUCGCGGGCGGACAACUGGAUCUCCGCGGGGACAGCGAAGAGGUCAGCUUCCGGGAACGUUUCUGGGUCAAAGUCCAGAACAAGUACAAGAAGGAGGCGCACGACGAAGAGAAGAAGCGGAAAGAGGGCUUGAUCGACGUCUCCUCCGUCGACGAGGCCGGUACCAACAAAAUAUACCAGGCAUGGGGUGCUGGGAGGUCGGUGGUGUCUUCAGGAGAUAAGAGCGAGCUCAAGAAAGCAAAGAAGGACGGACGACUAGCAGAGGCCCUUCUAGAACGCCGAGCAAAGCUCAAGAGCGACCGUUUUUGUUGAUUGCGAUCGCUGCUGUAUAUAAGUAUGUUUGAUGUAUUGGUAACGACUACAGUCCAG